UGUGUGUUUCAGAAUUAGACGAUUUUCAUGGCGGCGGGCUUUGCUCGUUUCUCUUCUCUGUCAGUUGGUUUAGCUGCCCUAAUGGGCCACGGGUGACAAUUUUUUGGAUGUUGUGCAUGUGAAGCGGAUUUCAUGGCAGGUGCUUUCAAUUUGGGCCAUAACAGGAGAACAUUAUCAAGUGACUCCGGAAUACAGUUCUUCUCUGAUAGCUCCCUGUCUGUCAUUUCUGGUGCAACCAGUCCAACCACCAACUUGUCGUCAUUUUCGCCGACACCCCAACUAAUUGGACCAGUAAAGCACAAUGGCCAACUUCAAAUUCCUGAUCCUAAAUCGUCAGCAACAUUGCUUGAAGGAAUUUUACAAAAUCUUUCAAUUCCCGAGGACUCCUCUAGACCGUCAGAAAUUGUAAAUAGACAUUCAUGCCAUUGUGACGAUGGAGUUACUGCUACCUCAUAUUGUUCUUAUUGUAAUGAUUAUUUGUGUGCAAAAUGUGUUUCUGCGCACAACAGAGUGAAGCUGACAAGGGAUCAUCCCAUUAAAAGCAUUAAGAAUCCAGAUAUUGACACUUCAAGUGAUUUUUCUAACUACCUCACAUUCAAUACAAUAUCAUCACAACAAACAUGCAAUGAACAUAAUGGUGGAAUUCUUCAGUUAUAUUGCGAACUGUGUGCAACGGCAAUAUGCAACAAAUGUGCUAUAUUAAAUCACAGUGGACAUAAUAUUCAAUAUUUACAACAAGUUAUGGAAGGCAGUAAAACUGCAUUGCUCUCACUGAUAUCCCAGUCAAGGGCUAAAACUGACUUGUAUGAAAAACUUUCGAAAGAUGUUCUUGCAACGAUAAAAAAUUUAGAGAUGCAAACUGGUGCAAUCUGUGUUGAUAUUAAAACAGUAUUUCAUAAUUUAAUGUCGCUGUUAGGACAGAGAGAACAGGAACUCAUAAACAACGUUCACAAAGUUCAACAGGUCAAAUUUCACGCAUUAAACAGACAAUAUGAAGAAAUAAAUGAACGUUCAACAAAACUUGUAAAGUUAACUGAUGAAAUCAAAAAUAAUUUUGAGUUUUCAAAUGAUAUCGAUAUAUUAAAAGCUAAAAAUACUCUCAUGAGAGAGUUAGUUGUCACUGAACAACAGUUAUCUAAAAUUACCUCACCUUAUGAAGACGAAUCUGUAGCCUUUCUACCUCCUGAUCCUAAUAUAAAGACAACUCUGGGAAAACUUGGUAAAAUAUCCUGUGAAGCAUCUGCCACUUUUUCUGCCAUCUCCAAAAGUUCGUUCAAGGGUGCUGUCUGCAACCAAAUGGCCUAUUUGACAGUUGCAAUUAAUAAUCAUCUCAGGGAACCAUGCAACUCUACAAACUUACUACAUUUCAAUGUGACUGAUCCUAACGGCAAUUCAGUACAUCACGAAGUGAUUGAAAAUAAUAAUGGAACAUGUAGCCUUAAAUUUUGUCCUGCUCAAGAAGGAAUUCAUAAAAUAUCAUGUUCAAUUCGUGGGAAGGAUAUACUAGAGAGUCCUUUGAAUAUUCCUGUCCAAACAGCAAGACCUCACAUUUCAUCUGGCAGUUCACCUCGAUUUUCCUUCGGUGGAACUGGAGAAAAAGAUGGUCAACUUUGUAGGCCUUGGGGAAUAGCAUGCGAUCCAGCUGGAAAUUUCAUUGUUGCUGAUAGAAGUAACAAUAGAAUCCAAAUAUUUUCAUCCAAAGGUGAAUAUAUUCGUAAGUUCGGAGCAUCCGGUUCGUACCCUGGACAGUUCAACCGUCCAGCAGGCUUGUCCGUAGAUGUGCAUAAUCGUAUUGUUAUUGCUGAUAAAGAUAAUCACCGCAUUCAGCUAUUCACCCUCGAAGGAGAGUUUUUGUUCUCAUUUGGUGAAAGAGGAUCGAAAAGUGGACAGUUCUAUUAUCCUUGGGAUAUCGCUACCAAUUCUAACGGCGUUAUUGCUGUCACUGAUACACGCAAUCACCGAAUUCAAAUAUUCAAUCCAUAUGGAAAAUUCAUUGGAAAAUACGGCUUCGAAGGAGUUUUAUGGAAACAUUUUGAUUCUCCGAGAGGAAUAGCAUUCACGAAUGGAGACGCAAGUCUGAUUGUAACCGACUUCAAUAAUCAUCGGUUAGUGAUUGUACAGUCGGAUCUGCAAUCGGCAAGGUUCCUCGGAUCAGAAGGGUCUCAACCGUCACAAUUUUUGAGACCUCAAGGUGUCGCCAUUGAUGAUCGUGGAAACUACGUUGUGGCUGAUUCCAGAAACAACCGUUUACAGAUAUUUUCUCCGACUGGCACUAUCAUCGCAAUACUCGGAGGAGUUUUAGGAAGCGGAUCUGAAGAGAUGGAUCGACCUUCAGGGAUUGCUGUCGCUCCUGAUGGUGGUAUUGCAGUUGUUGACUUCGGAAAUAACAGAAUUCUUGUAUACUGACUACAAAAGACUAAAAAUUCAAAUGACUUUUGUCCUUUAUCGACCAAUAAAAAUGCAAUGCUCUUUUUAUUCAUGAUAUCAAAUAUAUACCUCACUAUGCCAUGUGAUGGCAUGUAAAAAUAUCCUCAAAUAGUUCCUGCUUAAUUCAAAAAAUUGACCUCCAUUUUUAAAUUUCAAAUUUUUGUACAAACAAUUGUACACCUUCAAACCGGCAGGUUUAAAAUUUAACGAUUUUGUUGUGCAUGGCGCAGUAUAGUUGGCAUGCGAAGCUGUUCCGUAUAUUAAAUCUAGAAAUUAUUGUUUCUACCUCAGUUCCCUCAUAUAAAUUUAUAUAUUUUUCGACAUAUUUCAGGAAAAGUUCCAAUGACAAUUUUUAUGUUUUUCUUAUCUAUCAUUAUAACCUUGCAAGGUAUAUAAAAUAAGUUGUCUCAGCAAGGCAUUAAUGUUUUAUUUCCUUUUAUAAACGGUAUGUAGUAGAUUUUUGGUCAGACAUAUACUGAAGUAUCUAUUUUUAAAUUAUUUUUAUUUUAUAUAGUUCACACAAUAAUUAAUUAGAUUGGAUAAGAGCCAGGGUUGGGAUGAAAACCUGAAUUCUCCAGUCGGGAGUAAUUGUUGCGAGAUGGCCUAGUUGUUAAAGCAACUAUGUUGGCAUCGUGACACAUUUCUGGUUCUACACAUACCUGCCAACUCGGGGUAUUAUAACUUGAGUGGGCAAUUUCUAACCAGAAAUGUCCCGGUCCUUCCAAUCAAUAGUAGACCAGUACAUAAUGUUAAAUAUCAGUUUGGAAUGAACUACGUAAAUAAUCGUCAUACAAAAAACGACCCUCAGGGAAAAGCUAUUUAACUCAGUUUCUGCCCAAUUUAUCGAGUUCAGUUCAACUGCUAUUUGUAUGACUAGAGUCUCAGAUUCUUCAGCAAGAUAAUUGAAAGUAACCAGACCAGUCAAUUUAUGUUUCAUGAUAUGAUAAAAUCAUCUAUGAUUCAUUCCAUGUUUUGUCAAUAUGAUCUCAAUUCUGAAUACCUGACUCAAGUCUUUGAAAAUGUGGCUCAAAGUCCCAACCCUGUUUUUGACACCAUAAUGAUCUCUUUCAAGAUUAAUAUUUAGUUAUAGUAUUUCUGUUUACUGAUAUUUGGCAUUUUAUUCCCAUUUAUAUUAUUAUCAUUAUAGUUUAAGUAGAUAAUGAUCACUUUUAAUAUUCCAAUAAUCAGAAUUUUUUUUGCAAAAUAGCUUAUUUCAAGUUAUAGAUUAUGCUGAUUCAAAUGUAAAAUUUGGCUUUUUGAUUCACAAUGGAUUAUUAACAUCCCGCCCGUCAACCUGAAGCAUUUUUUGUUGAAUAUAUCUAAAAGUGAAACUUCUAUUCAGGUUUUUGCUUCAUUGACAUAUACCUGCUUAUUUAUAUUUUUGCUGUUUGGAGUUUUUGUUCGAUUCCAUAUUUUAACAAAGCUUGUUAUAGAGCUGAUACUCACCAAUAUCUAUUUUUAUAUUUGUUAAACUAAAUAUUCAAUAUAAUUCUAGUAGCUCAAUUAAAUAUGAUAAUCUCAAUGAUAAUGGGAAUAUUUUUUCGGCAGUUCACCCUUUUGAUUUUGUAUGAAUCUCCAGACAAUAAUCCAUAGGGAAAUACUGAAAAGGUCCCAAUUGAGCAUAUUUUUUGAAAUGUUCAUUUUCAAUUUCAAAUUUUGAAUAUUAUAAAUGGAAUUAAUUUGUGGUAACUUUGUGUUACACGCCUAGUUUUACAUGCAAUACCAGAAAAUUUUUCAGAAAAAAUGGUUUGGAUUAUAUUUUGAAUAAAUUUUUCUGAAUUUUGUUAAUUUAAGUUUUUGUUUAAACUAAAUUCUGUGGGUACCUGCAUAUUUAUUUUACUCAUUAGACAGUAGUUUGAUCCCAUUACCCAUAACUAAAAAAUUUGUAGAUUUUAUUAAUUUUCUUUAAGUUGUAUUCAUAAUACUCAUUUGUAUAUAAUUUGUGGUCUCAGGUUUAAAAAUGUUAGCUGUAUUAGAAUUUGCUUUGCUUCAUUCUUUUUUUAAAAAAAUGUUACCGUAAUUUUAGUUUCUAAAAUAUUUUAUGCCUCAAUUCCAUUUUAAAAAUGUAAAUUUGAUAUCUCCAUUCUCCAGUAUAUAUAUCUGUUGAAAAUUGAUUAUUAAAUAGUUCAAUUUUUGGGCAUGGUGUCCCAGUUUAUUGUAUAAUUUAAACAACUAAAAAAAAGGUUAUGAUAUGUAUACAUAUUGCAUGGCACCUCAAACAGUACUCAGAUGAAAAAAAUUUCCCUUUUUCAUUCUGCAUUGGAAACUGGAAACGGUGGUGAAAUUUAAAUUGUCCUUUUCCGAAUACAUCGAUAUGAAUAUUUUUAAACCAAGGUUAUUUGAUGCGAUUAUGGAAAAUAUUCAUUACUUUGUUGCGACUUUUUUUUAUCAGUUUGACUGAUGCUAUAUUAAAUUUUUUGGACAUCUUUGCUUGUUUUAAUAAACAAAUUCUUAUUUUUUUACCUGUUAACAGAAUUUCGACCCUAAUUAUUGUUGAUUUUACCGUAUUAACUGAUAUAUUUGGUGGAAAAAAAGGUUUUUGGAAUCCACACCUGUUUUUUUCUCUCAUGCCAUGCAACACAUUCUUGGUUCAAUUAUAUUUAGAAAUUAUUUGUAUAAAAUGAUAUUGAAAAUGCUCAUGUUUGAUUGUACAUUUUUAUUAUUUGCUUCAAUUAGAGAGUGAGUGGCUUGAUUUGCUUUCAUUAUUUGGUUUAUAUAGGGCCAGACAUGAAUGAUUGAUGGAUCAUACUUUAAACGUUGAAAUUAUCAAUCUCACAUGCUUGAACCAUAUGUAAAUUAUAUUUUUGUAUAUAGGGCAAUUUAAUUUCUAUCAGUAGGGUUUGAUCUAAGAAAAAACGGACCUCCUGAAGUAUGCGCACCAAGAUGGCGCACAACCUGAACUCCGGUUAAGGUUCAGGUUGUGCGACAUCUUGGCGCGCAUACUUCAGGAGUACCGAAAAAACUCAGGAAAUAAGACCUUGUUAUUACAAAUGAAGAGUUAAAAGUCCUAAGCAAUUAGAAUAUAAAGCCUCAUAUUUCAAAAAACAUAUUUUAUGCAGUUCAUUCAACUGAUGACAAUUUCCAAAAUUGGCUAUAAAUUGUGGGAAUCUGAAAGGAAUUUUCCUUUACAACCUUGGAUCUUCGUUUGUUACAUUUUUGCUAUUGGUCUUUUAUUCUCGCUUAGCACUAUUAAGCUAUUCAUACUCCAUAAACAUAGUGACUGACCUCAACAAUUUUUGUAUUAAUUUUAUUUCGCUGCCUGAAAUAUUUCAUCAUAUCAUAAUUGUAGUUACACAUGGUCCUAGGAAUUAUCUGAGCAAAAUUGACAACUUCGCAUUUAUACAUAGAUAUAUACUGGUAACUACAUUAAUAGGAAAAAUGGUGAAAAUUCUGAUGACUUUGAAUAUUUGGCUUGUUACCGAUCCAAUCCAUAAAUGUUUCUUCGAAUCUAACACAUAUUUUAUACUGCAGGAUAAAUUCAUUUAAGGUUUACCACUUCCUAUACUUUUCGUGUAUCUAACCCAGUCGGGGUACCAUUUUAACCAAAUUUGGACAAUUUCCUCAAAAUCAUCUCUCAUAGUCUCAUUUCCUCAUGCUUUCUACCUCCCUUAGCUUAUUCUUAUACUGCGAAUGUAGAACUUAUGGUAAUGAUAAUAUAUCAGCUAGUAACAUUGCAAA